UGACUGCGGGCGGAACUGAACACAAGCAGGAAGCCAUUGAGGGAGACAAACUGCACUCUUGUCCGCUGGCUGGCGAAUAAACUCCACUUUGAUACUGUUUGUCCCUCACAGCCUUGGUGGUCCACAAGUGUGUAGAUACUAAACACCAUGGCCUCCCUUUUUAAGAAGAAGACUGUCGAUGAUGUCAUCAAGGAACAGUCGAGGGAGUUGCGUGGCACCCAGAGGCACAUCACAAGAGACCGGGUGGCACUGGAGAGGCAAGAGAAGCAAAUGGAAGCGGAGAUCAAGAAAAUGGCUAAGAGUGGCAACCGUGAGGCAUGCAAGAUCCUGGCCAAGCAGCUGGUCCAGCUGAGGAAGCAGAAGAACCGCACAUACGCCGUGAGCUCCAAAGUCACCUCCAUGUCUACUCAGACCAAAGUCAUGAACUCCCAGAUGAAGAUGGCCGGGGCCAUGUCCACCUCAGCAAAGACAAUGCAAGCGGUGAACAAAAAGAUGGAUCCUCAGAAGACCCUGAAGACUAUGCAAGACUUCCAGAAGGAAAACAUGAAGAUGGGCAUGACCGAAGAAAUGAUAAAUGACACUUUAGAUGAGCUCUUUGAUGAGUCCGGUGAUGAAGAGGAAUCCGAGGAUAUUGUCAACCAAGUUCUGGAUGAGAUUGGUAUCGAGAUCUCAGGAAAGAUGGUUCGAGCGCCCGCUGCAGGAAAGAACGUCCCGGGCGCCGCCUCGUCCAAAAAGGCGACCAUCUCGGACGACGAGAUCGAAAGACAGCUCCGUGCUCUGGGAGUGGACUAACAUCUUUGGACUGCAACGUCUCUUCUCUUUCAGACGGCAACUCUUCAACACACUGGUUUUACACACACACACACACACACACACACACUCACACACGCGCACACACACACACACACACACACACACACACACACACACACACACACACACACACACGCACACACUUGUAUUCGUCACCUUCUUGAGACCACCGAAAAAGUGCCUACUUCUUGAGGACCAGCCUUUCUAGAUAUACAAAGAUUAGUAUUUACAACAUUAAUAACAUAUACAUACUAUGCAAAUGUAUGAAAGGUUGUUGUGAAAAAUGUGUUGGAAUUCCACAAGAAAAAUGUCAAAAUUUCUCAAGGAAAACUUAAAAUUGUGGCGGGAUUAUAAUGAAAGUCAGAAUUUUACUCAACGCCAGUCAAAAAUGUACAAGAAAAACGGGACAUUUGUGCAGUAUUCUGAUAAAAGUUGGGAUUUUAUUCAGUAACAGUCACAAUUUUAAAGGAAAAGCUUAAAAUGUUGGCAAUUUUAUGAAAAGAGUUGUAAUUUUCCUCGACAAAAGUCACAAUUUUGUAAUAAAACUUAAAAACGUUGGCAAUAUUAUAAUAAUAAUCAGAAUUUUACUCUGCAAAAUGAUAAGUCAUGUCACUAUUUUACAAGAACAACAAAAAAAUUGUGAUAAAAGUCAGAACCUUAUGUGACACAGCUUAGCAUUUUGCAUUAAAAAGUAACAAUUAUACAUAAAAAUUGAUAAAUAUACGAGAAUAUAUUGCAAUAUUACAAAAACAGAAAGAAUAUGCUCAAUUGUUCCCAAUUUUAUAAGAAAAAGUUGACACAUUGUGAAAGACUCGAAAUUUUACUCGACAAGUCACAAUUUUAUAAGAAAACUUAAAAAUGUUGGCAAUAUAAUAAUAAUCCGAAUUUUACUUGUUUUUGUUGUUCUUAUACAAAAGUGACAUUUUUGCGAGUAAAUGUAUGACUUUUGUCAUUUUGCCAAGUAAUUCGGAUUAUUAUUAUAUUAUUUCCAACAUUUUUAAGUUUUCCUAUAAAAUUGUGACUUUUAUCGAGUAUGUCUAAUGUCUCAUUUGCACCCCGGUAGUGAAAUCUAUCAAAAUGAGAGUGGUCCCCAAAAGGAGGGAUUUUCUAAUCAACUGUAUUCCCCCUUCUGAGCAACAUAUGAAAUAACAAGGGUGUGUUAAAAUUUGAAGUGCUCCCCCUCUGGCGAACAUAUGUAAUAACAUGAGGGUCUAAGAAAUUGAAAUGCACCCUUUAUGGCCAAAAUUAAUUAAAAAAAAUGUAUAUAUAGAGAGAGAGACAUACUGUAAUAACUUGAAGUAAAUAAUUAAGUUUUUAAAAAAAAACAAUUACAAACAAAACAAAGAAAUAAAAGCAGUCUUUCUCUCACGAUGUGUUGACAUUUUUUCUUCUAAAAUUGGAAACAAUUUAUCAUAUUCUUUCUGUUUCUGUACUAUUGCAAUAUAUUCUCGUAAAAUUAUUACUUUUUACGUAAAAGUAUUACUUUUGUAUGUGAAAUUAUUACUUUUUAAUGCGAAAUGCUGACAUUUGUCAUUAAAAAUUCAGACUUUUAUCACAAUAUUGCCAAUUUUGUUAUUGUUUUUGUAAAAUAGUGAGAUUUUUGGAGAUAAAUUGUUCCCAAUUUUAUAAGAAAAAAGUCGACACAUUGUGAGAGAGUCGUAAUUUUACUCGACAAAAGUCACAAUUUUAUAAGAAAACUUUAAAAUGUUGGCAUUAUUAUAACAGUAAUCUGAAUUUUACCUUGCAAAAUUAUGACAAAAGUUAUAAUUUUACUCCAAAAAUGUCACUAUUUUACAUGAACAACAAAAAAAUUGUGAUAAAAACCAGAAUCUUAUUAUGACAAAUGUCGGCAUUUUUCAUUAAAAAAUUAUAAUUAUACAUAAAAAGUAAUCAUUUUACGAGAAAAUAUCUCAAUAUUACAAAAAACAGAAAGUAAUGAUAAAUUGUUCCCAAUGUUAUAAGAAAAAAGUCGACACAUUGUGAGAGUCGUAAUUUUACUCGACAAAAGUCACAAUUUUAUAAUAAAACUUUAAAAUGUUGGCAACAUUAUAAUAAUAAUCCGAAUUUAACUUUUGCAAAAUGAUUACAAAAGUCACUAUUUUAUUUAAAAAAUGUCACUAUUUUACAAUAACAACAAAAAAAUUGUGAUUAAAAAACAGAAUCUUAUUAUGACAAAUGUCGGCAUUUUUCAUAAAAAAAUAAUAAUUAUACAUAAAAAGUAAUCUUACGAGAAAAUAUUUCAAUAUUACAAAAAACAGAAAGAAAAUGAUAAAUUCUUCCCAAUGUUAUAAGAAAAAAGUCGAGACAUUGUAAGAGAGUCGUAAUUUUACUCGACAAAAGUCACAAUUUUAUAAUAAAACUUUAAAAUGUUGGCAACAUAAUAAUAAUCCGAAUUUUACCAGUGAAAUGAUGACAUCAUUUUACUCCAAAAAUAUCGCUAUUUUAUAAAAGCAACUACAAAAUUGGCAAUAUUGUGAUAAAAGUCAGAAUUUUUUAUGACAGUUGUCACCAUUUUGCAUUACAAAGUAAUACAUUUACAUAAAAAAGUAAUAAUUUUGCUCGAAUAUAUUGCCAUAUUACUAAAACAGAAAGAAUAGGAGAAAUUGUUCCCAAUUUUAUAAGAGAGAAAGACUGCUUUUAGUAAUUUGUUAGUUUUAAUCUUCAUUUAUUUACUUUGUUAUUACAGCAUGUUUUUAUAUAUAUAUAUUUUUUAUUUUUUACUAAUUUUUGCCAGAGAGGGUUUAUUUCAAUUUCUUACACCCACAUGUAAUUACAUAUGUUCGCCAUAGGGAACACUUCAAAUUUUAACACACACUUGUUAUUUCGUAUGUUGCCCAGAAGGGGGAAUACUUUUAAAACCGACACCAGUCAAUUUAAAAAAAUCCCUCCAUUUUGGGACCACCCUCAUGUUAAUAGAUUUCACUACCAGGGUGCAAAUGAGACAUUCUCUAUUAAAUUUCUGUCAUCACUUUUUAACACCUCCUCAUAUGGAAGGCACUUUUCCUUUUUGGUUUUCUCUAGAAGGGUAUAAAUACAAGAACACACACAACUAUAUAGGAUGGCAUCACCUUGCUAGAUGCUCCAGGUAUGCUGCAAUAUUUAUUACGAGGCCAUAGUGUGGAAGUUUGCUUGACCCUGAAGAGUUGUAAACAAAACAAAAAUGGUGAUCUAUUGCUUUCCAUGCAGCUCGUUCUCUCCGAAGAGUUUCAGUGCAAAUGCAAGACUUUCCGCCUGCUGGUUGACUCCUACUGACGUCAAACAGGAUGCGUGAAAGUCUCUCUUUUAGGAAAUGCGUGAAAUGCAUGAAAAUAGUGGGUGUGGGCAAUGAGGGGACAUGCAAGUGGUUGGUGCUCAUGAAGACAAAUCACUGGCCUUUAUUCUCACUUCUUCUCGGAGGGCUUCUCUCUUCGCUACCUGAUGAUCUUGUAUAACCCCGGGUGUUGUUUCCGCGAUUGCAGGAUGGUCCUGUAGUCCCGCUUGUCUUUCAGCUGCUGUGCAGUUAUGGUUACUUCCCUUUUUUCAGCGGCCUGGCGUAUGUUCUCUACUGACAUUGUUUUGCUAAAGCGUCAGUGUGACGCGGGAGGUUUUCUUCUGCAGGUGCGACUUGGACAUCUUUUGUCUUUUCUCUUCAGGCCAUGAGCGCAUGUAGACUGGUUCAGAAUAGGUCAACCGUGUGUGUUCCUUGGCUAGUGAGCACAAUGGAUUUGACAAUAUGAUUGCUAGGACACUUAUUUCAUCAAUGUUUUUUGUGUGUUGAUUCUUGAAUUACCAGACUGUACAUGGGAUUUUAUAAUUAAUAAAACUUCUUCAGAUACAAACAUUUAAA